GCGCGCGCUUUGGGCGUAUGUGUCUCGCGUCGCGUUUAAUUGGUCAUCUCACACUAAAUACAACAAUAUAACCCAACAUUUCACUUACAAAUCACUAAAACAACAAUUAAAUAACAGUGUUUGUGUCGAAUGAAGUGCUUUAUGUUAUAACAUGUGAAAAAACUUGAUAAAACCAGUGCUAAUGACAAGAAGCUUUAUACAGCGUCAUAGUAUCUUGAAACGAUAUGAAACAACAUUUUGUACUGCGAUAAAUCCAUUGAACUGGCUCGUUUUAUCGGCAUACCAUGGACUAACACAAUGACUAUAGAAACUACGAUGUCAAUUCUCCACAAGUGAUACCCGAUGUUAGCAUGGCGCGGCAGAGGCCGACCACUCGGCACUUUCACAACCAGCCCGAGUUGCGGCGCGACGGAGCCGGGCUCAUGCUGUGGAUCUUCCUGGUGUGGCUGGCCAGCUGCGGCCCGCUCGGGAACACUAUUAAGCAGGACGGUUGUACCUUCCCCACCCGGUGGCAAGGCAAGUGGUUCCAGUCGGGUGUGAUACAGCCGAUCCUGAUAGAGAGCAACAUCCUCUCCAAUAAGGGCCGCUGCCUCUCCUCCGAAGGGGAUAAGUUCUUGAUAGUUGAUGAGAAAGGCUGUUAUCGUUGUGUAGUGAUGCAUGAAAAACACAUUAAUGUUCUACAAUACAAGGAAACCUUCUGUCACCGACGAGAUGCUCUACCUCACCUCUGCUCACUUAUAACUGGAGAUGCUCUGCUUUACUCCAUGUUCAGAGAAAACGCUGAACCAGUCGACUGCCCUUUGAAAGCACCGUUUUCCUUCACUUACAACAGAGGUCAUGGCGACUGCAAAUUCCCCGCAUCCUCAAUAGAGAGUUGUACGGAAGAUUCAAGACUCCUUCUCAACUAUCAAGCAUGUCCUGACGUCUACGGUUCUGAAAGCACUGUUGAAGAAUUAGAAUGUCUCGCCACAUGGAAGGAAGGUAGCCUACGGUUCCUCGUGGGCAAGAUCCACCACAAUCACGCCACCAGUAACGAAGAUCGAUAUAGAUGCUUCGUCUACGAGAAGACAAAUGGUAUUGCAUCCAAUCCGAGUCUAAAAGAAAACCCUGUUACCCCUGGAGGAGUGGAAUAUAGAGUAGCACAAUCUGGUGACGCUACGUGUAACGGACUCUUUAGUGCUACAGAAGGUUCUAGAACGAUGGCUUUGAAGCGAGUGUCGGUCCGUUUCAACUGCCAGUUCCCAUCCUGGAUGACGUUCUCGCACACGUGGCACACCCUCGACUUUACCAGCAACUACACAUUCUACCAGCGGAACGCGACCCUCCGCAUUACGAACCAGACCGGUUCUGAGAUCAAAGUAUUCUGCGUUAAUGUUAAAGCCAGCUCGCCGAGCGGUAACUCCGUUGCGUUGGUUGCGCAUUGGCAGCAUCAUUGCGUAUCCCGCUACGUCUGCGUAGUAUUAUACCGACGGGAUACAUACAUAGCGGAGUUGCAACGCGGCACGCCGACCACGCGGCCGGACGAUGCGUGCUCCCCACACCAUUUUAAUGCUGUCACUGCACCUUAUAUCACUUUAGUUGCAAGUAAUCCUGAAUCAAAAGAAUGUCCAUAUUCAGGAAAAUAUACAAUAUCAAACCAUAGACAUCAAAGAAGCAUACCCAGCUCUCCUGAAAGACAUAGAUUAAAAAGAGACAAGAACUAUAACCAUAGAGUAAACAAUACAAGAUCGUUCAAUUUUAGCCUUAGAAAUAUUUCGGAUAUGCCAAUACUAAGAAGUAAGAGACAGGCGGAUGAAAUCACUUGCGCCGGUAGCAAAUAUAACAAAUUGGAAGUCGGGUGUAAUACUGCUAAGAAUAUGGAGUUUUAUUCCACUUGUAAUAAGAAAGAAGUAGUUACUGCAUACACCUGCCACGGCGGGUGGUACGAGAACGGCGCGUCCUUCGUGGUAACCACACCAGUGACGCGCGACAGCACGGCCGCGCGCCGCUACUGCUUCGUGUCGCGGGACGCGCGGGACGGCGCGCUAGCCGUCGGCCAGAGCGCGACUAACUGCGAGCGGGGAUACGACCCGGAGCCGCUGCUGUUUGAUGCCAGCUUUACUGGCAAAUGUCAAGAUGAAACCAACAAUCAACCUCGACUGAGAAUACCCUCACUACACAUUAUUUUCAUCGCAUCGUUUAUUGUACAUUACAUUAUACCUAGAUGAUUAACAUACUUGAAUAGUAUUAAUUUAUUGUAACUUUUAACUCUUCACCCCUCUCCUAUAUCCAUACAAUUUAAAUAUAAUGUAAAUUCACAAACAUGUUGAUAGUAUUUAAUGUUUUUAUUGAAAUUCUAUAAACAUAUUAGCCCUAAUAAUUUAUUUCACAAUGUAAGUUACACAAAUUAUAAUACUUUUGAUAUUUUAAUGCAAUUCGCAUCUUAUAAGCACGACUAUUAUAACAGUCAUAUUUUUCGUUUCUGCAUCAAUCAUUCAAUAAGACAUCAUUAUAGAUAUCAUUCGAUAACUUCUAAGUAACUACAUUUUUAUUUUCAACAUUUUGUUAAUUUCUAAAGUUGAAAAAUAUAUCGCAAGAGCUAUAAAAAAUACCUAUGUAACACCUCACCGUUUAUCUUAAUAUUUUACCACCUCCUACAAACUGUACAUAAUACGUAACGAUGUUAUUUUAAAUGGAGGCGUAAUUUAAAAAUGAAAAUAAUAAGAACAAAUAUUGAUGCUGAUUUAGUUUCUGUGUCGAAUGUUUGUCAAAAUCUUAAAUCGAAUGUGUGAUGGUGUAAAAUGGUUGUGAAUUAAUGUUUCAAUAUACCGAAGUAGGAAUGAUUCUAUCUGGACUGAAAGAACGAUAGAUUAAUUAUUUAUAAAGAAAAAUAUUUAUUACCUCCUACAUCAUAGUAAAUCCUGUAUAAUUUUAACGUCAAGUGUAUUCAAUGUACCAUUUAAUUUACUUCAGAUAUCGUUUAAAAGCGCACAGAUUAAUCAAUCGAUAGAACUUUAGGAAUGGAUUCUAUUCGAUUUCUUGUUAUUAUAAUAAAUAUAAAUAAAUUUUACAUUUUAAUAGACUAAUGUACUCAUUAAAGGCUUUUUGUUCUCUCCUUUAUACCAUCUUUGUCCACAUUUCCACUUAUAAGUAAUUAUAGAUUAAUUAUAAUAAUUUUGGGAUAUUAUCACGCAAGAAGUCGAAAAGAAUAUAGCUUUAACACAGCAUUAAAGACUGUAAUUCUACAUUUGUUAUUUAAUAAGGCGUUUAGUAGUUUUCUAAUUGCGUAAUAUUACAUGAUCGUUGAAUACUGUAUCAAAAUAUUAAUUAUGCUAUGCGAAGCAAAUAUGGAAACAGUGACUAUUGUGUACCUAUUUGUUUAAAAUAUCAUUAUGCGUACUUAUGUCUCUACAUUGCCUACAUUUAGCUAUUUUUCAAUUUCAGUUAAGUAUUUUCUUUUUAUUAUAAUUAUUUUCUGUCCAAAUAUUCUCAUUUAUUUUCAGUCAGCAAAACAACAGCUUCGUUAAAGUUGCCAAAUUUAAAACAUAUACAUAAAUUAGUUGUGUUCUGGAACCGCCAAUUAUUAAAUUCAUCUUUGGUUGCAUUUACCGCUAUCUUUGCAUUAUUAUGACAACUAUAGUUCAUCAUCAGGGUAUAAAAAUAUACGAAAGCAAUAAUUCAAUAUGCUUCAUAUAAAAUACUGGAAGAUAAUUGCCUAUACAAGCUGUU